AUGGUUGUUCGUACAAUCGGUAUCGGUCGUAUAUUUUUGACUGUUUCCCUAGUCACUUAUUUAUUAUCAUUAGCAUUGAAUAUUGUCUCAUUUUCUACAUCUGAAUGGCUGGUCUAUACCGAUGUAUCGAUUAAAAUUGGUCUGUGGAGAAUAUGUGAUACAGCAACAGUUGGCUAUGAUAAAUGUGCUGAUUGGAAUGAUCGUACAUAUCCAACAAAUUUAUCAAAUAUUGCUUUUACUGGACCACCAGAUUAUGUUAAAAGUUCUCAAGGUUUAGAAAUUGUCGCAUUUAUAUUUUACAUGAUCACUGGUGUUGUACUAUUUUUGGCUUUUCUCAAAUUUUCCAUACCAUUAUUAUUCCUUAUUUCGGCUAUAUUAAUGUUAAUAUCAGCCAUAUUUCUAGCGGCUACACUCGGCAUAAUGUGUGACCAAGGUCGUACUCGUCAUAAUGGUUAUUUACAUUUUGCAUGGUGGAUCGGUUUAGUGGGAAUGAUUUUCACACUUUUAUGCGGUCUAUCUCUUUGUGCAUUGUCUUUUUACAUUCAACCUAUUUCAAAACAAUUAGCGUUUAAUAAAAUGACUGAAGCAGCAUCAACAAAUGGCAUAGUAAAUAAUGGUAUGAGUCAUUAUAGUCACUUAAAUCCUCCAUCUUAUCAACAGCAUCAACCACUACAUCUACAACAAUCUUCAUCGUCCUCCUACAAUCAUGCGCCGGAUACAUUGAGUUACGGUCUAAUGAACAACACCAGUGCAAAUUCUUAUCCAAUGCUUCAACAUCAACAACAGUAUCUCGACGGACAACAACCGUCAACAAAUUCCAAUUAUGCUGUAUCAGCCUAUAACCAACCACAGCCUCCUGUGGUAACAAAAUUAGGAAGACAAUAUGUAGGAAAUCAAAUGUUUAAUAAUCAACAGCAGCCAGCAACGAUUCUUGGAGAACCAAUAUUGGAAGAUAUUUCAAAAUAUAUUGACUUGCAAGCUCAACGGGGUAAUCAACUGCAAGGAUAUAUUUAG